AUGGAGCCGUUGAUCCUCCACGCGCUUUCGGCUGUCUGCGCGGCGGGCGCCGCCCUGCAGAGCACUUGUACGCUGGCAGCGGAACUAAAACCCGAUUUUACAGGCACAAUUCCCAGAGAAGGCGUGAACACAGAAGCCCAGAAAGUUGUCUGGCUUGGAGCGUCGAGGACCCUUCUCGUUGAGGACUGGGCUGGCCCAAUUUUCUUGCCGCAGCUGGACGGGGGUUCCCCACCGGACCCUUCACUCGAGCAGAUGAACAGCGUGGCGUACGUAAUCGAAAACGGCGCCUGCGAUUUCAGCAAGACUGUGGAGUACAAGAAGUUAUUGCCUGACUACCAGGCACCGCUUUGGGUUCGCACCUCAUACGGGCAGUCCGGAGAGGUCGUGGAGUCGCAUGCGUCAGCAAUUGCGAACUAG